UGCAAGAUAAGGACUGUAGAGGGCACAAUUAGGAUUCUGAGACUAUGAACGAUUAUGAUAGCACCACAGCUUUUCUGGGUCAGUGGGGGCGCUUCCAGCAGAUGGUCUUCUUCCUGCUCUGUUCCACCCUGAUACCCAAUGGAUUUGGUGGCCUUUCUGUUGUCUUCUUGACUGACAUUCCCAGUCACCACUGCCUGGUUCCUGACGUCAAUCUCACCCAAGACUGGCACACUGCUACCAUCCCAAUAGAGGUGGUGAAUGGGAAGCAGCAGCUGAGCAGAUGCAGCAGGUACAGGCUGGAUGUGGUCAGAAAUCUCUCCGCCCAGGGACUCAUUCCUGGCAGGGACGUGAACCUCACUGACCUGCAGCAGGAGGGCUGUGUGGACGGCUGGAGCUACAGCAGAGACAUCUACCAAUCCACCGUCACCUCUGAGUUUAACCUGGUGUGCAGUGAUCAGUGGAAGCAGCCGUUCACGUCCACAGUUUUCUUUCUGGGAAUUCUUUUUGGAUCCUUCUUCUCAGGGCAGCUCUCAGACAGGUUUGGAAGGAAGCCUGUUAUCUUUACCACCAUGGCAGUUCAGUUCAUUUUUAACUUUUUUCAAAUCUUUUCACCUUCUUGGACGGUUUUCACCAUCCUCUUCUUCUUCAAUGGUUUGGGACAGAUCUCCAACUAUAUAUCUGGUUUUGUGCUGGGCACUGAGAUCUUGACUGGCAAAGUUCGGGUCCUGUUCUCCUCAUUAUCAGGUCUGGGUUUUGUCCUUGGCUACAUGAUGCUGCCUCUCUUUGCCUACUUUUUAAGAGACUGGAAAUCUCUCAUGCUGGCUACCUCUCUACCUGGCCUACUCUACAUCCCUUUCUGGUGGUUGCUCCCAGAGUCUCCUCGGUGGUUGCUCUCUCAGGGAAGAGUGGAGGAAGCUGAGGCAAUACUGAGAAAAGCUGCCAAGAUCAACAAAAUCGAAGCGCCUCAGGUCAUCUUUGAAGAUUACAAGGUUCAUGCUGACGAGACAAAGACUAAGGAACACCACAAUAUCUUCAACCUGCUGAGUACUAAAAACAUCAGAAACACAACUCUCAUUCUGUGCCUGGUGUGGUUCACUCUGAGUACUGGAUACUACGGCUUGUCGCUGAACACAUCCCGACUCCAUGCUAACCCUUAUAUCAGCUGCUUCAUCUCAGCAGCUGUGGAGGCACCAGCAUACAUUUCCAGCUGGCUGGCUCUGCGAUACCUUCCACGAAGACUGUCUGUCGUCUUUCUCUUGCUCCUUGGAGGAGUGUCACUGUACUUGAUUCAACUGGUGCCUGAAAGAUUAUCUGCUCUGGCUGUUGCUCUGGAGAUGCUGGGUAAAUUUGGUGUUACCACAGGCACAGCCCUGAUUUUUGCCUACACAGCAGAGCUUUACCCGACAGUGCUGAGGAACACAGCGACAGGGACAUGCUCCACAUUUUCCAGAGUGGGCGGCUCCCUAUCACCUUUUUUGUUACAGCUGAGUGCGUACUUCAAGUACUUGCCUCAGAUUACACUGGGGACCUUGUGUGUUGUGUCGGCCUUUGCUGCUCUCUUCCUGCCGGAGAGUUUCGGACGACCUUUACCUCAAACUAUUCAGCAGAUGCAUCAGAGAGAAAGCAUGAAGUGCCACCUCAUCAGAAGAAAAGAACAUUCAAACACUGUGGUGCUUUUCGAAACCCGAAUCUGAGUGUCUAAAUCAUUACUUAAAUGAGUUAUUAAUAAUAAUAAAAAGUCUCAUUAACUGUGUAUCAUUCCUGCUAUAUUCUGUUCUUUUCAAAAAUUUUAAUCAGAAAAUU